UUAAAGAGCACGUCACAUACGUACACAAAGAUGGCACUUUGAUGAUCAGUUUCACAAUAAAAGUUUCCAAAUUUGCCUAUAUAUAUCCAAACCUUUUCACUAUUCUAAUAAAUUCAGUCUCUCGCUCUAGAGUGAGACCUGUAAUGUAUAGAGAGAGAUGAGCUUGUCGUCUUUGAAUUGAUCUCCAUACGCUAUACCAUGAUGAACGGAAAAAUGGUUCAAGAGUCAGAAAACUCAUUGAAGAAGAGGAAGUGGGAUGAUCACGAAGAUAAAAUCUCCGAGAAGCCAGAGAAAGUCAAAAUCGUGAAACCGAUACUCGAUACUUUCGCACAACAUGAGACACCAUUACCUUUAGAGUGGCAACGCUGCCUCGAUAUAAAGUCAGGUGAACUAUACUUCUACAACACAAGGACCCAAAAGAGGACAUUAAGUGAUCCAAGAAGUACAAUAAAUCCAGAGCCUUUGAAUCCUUCUCCUAUGAGCUUAGAUCUUGAACUCAAUUUGCCCUGCGGAUCACUGGAAAAGAAGAACGAUAUCCAAGAACAGCACAAUAGCUUUAUGAUGAAGCAGAAUUCAUCAGGUGAUAAUACCGAGCCUGGGUCAGGCCUUACCCGUUCGCCUUCUUGGUUAACAUGUGAAGGGGAACAACAAGAAAUGGUAACUGCAGUAUGCGAGAAAUGUUACAUGUUGGUGAUGAUGUACAAGUCUUCUCCUGCAUGUCCCAACUGCAAAUUCAUGCACCCACCAGACACAAGCCCUAAGUUGUUUAAUCCGAGGUUAAGCCUUCUGUGCUAAGAAUUUGUGUGUCUUGUUCUCAGGGACAUGGUAUUUUUAGUACCAAUGAUAUAGUCUUUUUCCUGCACCUCUUGGAAAAAACGAAAGAAAAGGGAAAUUCACUAAGGUGAAAUCGGAGAAAUAUGAAAAAUGAUGUACUAAGCACGAGCUUAUCUUAUGCUAUAUAUAUGACUCAUCACUUGAUAUUAAACUUUAAGUUAAAUAUUGAGAUUCAA